CUUCCAAAUUACUUGGAUGUUGCCAUUCGAUCGCCGAAGCGAGGACGAAGUAACACGUGCCGAUUACUCCUCGCUUAUCGUCCUCAGAUUCGCUUCUAGCCAAGUUGAAACGGCUUUACCACGUCGGAUCAGUGUUUUAAGUGAAAAUAUUUUAUUGCGUUCUGUGAUAUUAUCCGAUAAUCGUGCUGUGGUGAAGUGUUUGUCUCGCAGGAUCGUGAGAUUUUUUAAGAGAGGCAUAAUGCGUGUGAAGACUGUACCAAGGCACCUACCUCGAGUGCGGAAAUUCGAAGACAACAAUUUCGUUUGCUUAAAAAGCGUCAAUUCGUCCAGCUACAAGGAUAUGAUUCAAGAGAUGAACCUGGUGAUUCGCGAACAGAGCAUAAUCCCGCAAAGCAGUUUCGAGCAGUGGCAGCCGUUCUCCACGGACGUGAAGGUAGAGGCGGUGGAUCUCUCGGUGAAGAACGGCUCAUCCGUCGCUCCAGCUCCAGUCGUCGAGGAACACAAAUUCAAGGACACCUACCUCUACCAGAUCAUGACGGACCCGAACUUCCUGAAGAAGAUCAACUGCGAGAAGCAGCCGAGCAAGAGCUCCUGCCCCUACUGCAAGAAGGAGUUCGCCAGCGAGUCCGAGAUGAAGAGCCACCUGAACGUCCAGCCGGACGAGUCGAAGCAGCUGGUCUGCUGCGCCUGUGGCAAAUCCUUCGCUCAGAAGCGCUACCUGCGUUACCAUCAGCGCUCACACUCCGAGCGCAACAAGUACGCCUGUCGCAUCUGUACGCGCAAGUACUCCAGACACGACAACCUCACGCGCCACAACAUCUUUCACACGAACCCCGACAAGUUCCCCUGCAACAGCUGCGAGAGGACGUUCGCCCGGAAGGACCUGCUGAACAAGCACCUCAAGUGCCACGAGAAUAAGUACAAGUUCCACUGCGACCUCUGCCAGAAGUACUUUAAGGGGCCGAUCACCCUGGAGAACCACAUGAAGCUGUUCCACAGCUCGACCGGGGAGGCCAGCGGAGAGUCGUUUUCGAGCUUGCGCGCCUGCAUGAGCAACGGCGACGAGAAGCAUUGACGUUGAGUUUGUUGUUGUUGUUAAGAUUAGUCUACGUUUAUUCGCGCGAUUCAGAGUGCGCCGCUAACUGUUGACAGUUGGACUGGCACCUGUUCGAUUUUUGUAUACUUUUGUAUGAAGCAAGUAAAAGGAAUCUCGAUUUUCUAUAUGCAUGCAAUAAAUUAUAUAUUCGCGUACAAA